GCGGACUUUUCGAGUUUGGUGCCAGGACCACGGAAGCAAGGGACGCGGCAGCACCAUGGGGAAGAACCAGCACAGCAAGGACCGCAUGUUCAUCACGGCCUCGGAGCACAAGUACCUCUACGGCGGCAAGAAGGAAGAGGUCCGGCGUGCUUACCGACGCCUGCCGUUUGACUGCUGCUCGAUCUCGCUCAAGCCCUUCGAGAACCCCGUGUGCACGCGCGAAGGCCACCUCUUUGACAUUGAGGCCGUCAUCCCCUACGUCAAGGAACACAACAUCAAUCCUGUGACGGGCCAGCCGCUCGCGGUCAAGGACCUCAUCAAGCUGCGCUUCCACAAGAACGCCUCGGGCGAGUACUUUUGCCCCGUGACGUACAAGGUCUUUACCAACAGCACCAAGAUCGCCGCUGUCGCCACGUCCGGCAACGUGUACGCCUACGAGGCCAUCGACGAGCUCAACAUCAAGGCUAAGAACUGGACCGACUUGGUGUCGGGCGAGGCCUUCAAGCGCAAAGACAUUCUGAUUCUCCAGGACCCGACCGACUUUAGCGGCCGUGAGAUCGAGAACUUUGAGCAUUUCCGCAAGGCCAAGGAAGCCGAGACGAAGGCCAACCCGACGCCCGAGAUGCUCAACAACAUUCGCGUGACGUCGGCGACCAGCCGCAUCCUUCAAGAGAUGGAAGCGUCCAAGCAAAAGAAGCGCCAGCGUGAGGACGAGCUUCGGCGGGGUGAAGCCGAGCGCACGGCGGAAGAGAAGAUCAUUGCCGACGUGUCGCACUCGACCAAGCCGGUGCCGGUUGUCGAUGGCGACGGCGGCAAGCUACAGUACUCGCGCUUUACUGCGGGCGAGUGCUCGCGGUCCUUCACGUCGACCGAGCUGGGCCCGACGACCCGCAACGCGCAAGCCGUCGCGUCCGAGAUGGAAGUCCUCGAGGCGCGCUGGGCUGAGGUCCGCCAGCUCAAGAAGAAGGGCUACGUCCGGCUCACGACGACGCUGGGCGUCCUCAACCUCGAGAUCGACGUCGACAUGGUGCCCCGCACGAGCGACAACUUUUUGAGUCUCUGCGAGAAGGGCUACUACGACAACACGGAAUUUCACCGCAUCAUUCCUGGUUUUAUGAUGCAAGGUGGCGAUCCCACGGGCACUGGUCGGGGCGGUGAGUCCAUUUGGGGCAAACCGUUCCGCGACGAGUACGACAGCCGCCUCCGGCAUACGGAGCGCGGCCUCCUGAGCAUGGCCAACUCGGGCGUCAACACGAACGGGUCGCAGUUCUUUAUCACGUUCAAAGACUGCACGUACCUCGACAACAAGCACAGCAUCUUUGGCCGGGUUGUGGGCGGUAUCGAGGUGCUGGACGCGAUCGAAGCCGUCGCCACCGACAAGUCGGACCGGCCGUACGACCGCAUCCUCGUCACGUCUGUGCACGUGUUUGAGAACCCGUUCAAGAUGUACGAUACGGCGGCAGCGCUGGGCACGACGGUGCUCGAGCUCAAGCGCAAGGAAGAGGCGCCUGUCGUGAAAGGCACGGUUGUCAAGGUCGGCGACGAGUGGGUGGCCUACGACGGCGUCGUGGACGUUGUCGCGCUACCCAAGAUUGACCCGUCGGCCGCGCCAGGCGGCGUCGGCAAGUACCUUCCAAAAGCCCCGGUGGCGGCCCGAAAGAAGCCCGACACGGAGCCGCCCGUGGCCAAAAAGGCCAAGCGCCCCGCGACAACAACGUUUUCCAACUUUGACGGGUGGUAAUUCGCAUGCAGCGUCCUGGGUGCAACGAUUGUUUAACAAAAUACAAGCAAAUCUCUCAACGAA